AUGGCUUCAGAUGAUGGAGUCGGUCCUCGAAAGAGGCGGAGGAUCGGUCCUCCCGGAUCAGAACCUUAUGUCUUGCGUUCACUGUUCGACGACGUCCCGCUGGCGACGGACGAUAGCUCGGACGUUUACAUCACCUGUGUCGAGUACUGGGAUGGGAACUUGUAUAUUGGUACCUCUGCAGCGGAAGUCUUGCACUUCGUCUGCCUCCCAGCAGCUUCCGACGACGACUCGACCGAUCCUACCUUUAUCCUAGCAUCUCGACUGCCUAUCCCAUUCCAGAACGAGCCCUCCCACAGCGACCCCCCAGGAGUUCGACAAAUUGUCGUAUUGCCGUCGGUGAAUAAAGCUUGCAUUCUUUGCAAUGGCAUGGUCACGUUCUACCUGCUACCGGAGCUAAGCCCAGCGUUUGGGAAUACUAAGGUCAAUCAUUGCCGCUGGAUCGGUGGCUUGGAUCUCAACCAAGACGCUGCCUCUGGGGAAGAUCCUGUUGUGAUGAUUGCUGUCCAGAACAGCGUCAUGCUGAUUCGGAUUGGAGAGGGAGCUCGACGCAUCAAGCAGAUCAAGUUUCCCGGUUGCUUGGUGGCGGCGCGCAGGGGCACCAUUGCCUGCGCCGCUGAUACUCAUUCGUACUCGCUGCUAGAGGUAGAGCACCAACAGAAGAUUCCGUUAUUUCCUAUCUCCUCCUCGAGCGAGGUCUUCGAAUCCGGCCAUGUGGAGGAUAUCCCCCCGGCACCACAGACUCCAUUGAAGCGAUCGCCUUCCUCAUCGUAUCCGAGCUCGCCUCCAAUGGAUCCUCAUGUGCAUGGUAGAAGCAGCAGCUUGAAUACCUUUGUGGGCAUGCUGCAGCCGCAUGCGCAGAUGCGGGGGCAUAGCCGCUCGCCUUCCGGGACACCGGACCCUUUCACAUCUACCGGGAGUAUCCGCCGCUCUAGCUCAGAAGAGCGAGACGAAGGGGAAGAAGAUCUCAAGCCACUACCUCCUCUACCCCCUCCAAAGCCAGCCCAGAAACAAUUACAGCCGCACGUGGUCUCCCCGACUCCAACUGAAUUCCUUCUUGUAACUGGAACAGAGGAAACGGAACCGGGAGUGGGUAUGUUUGUAGAUAUGGACGGCGAAGUUGUUCGGGGCACGAUCAACUUUCACAGGUAUCCCAAGUCGGUUGUCAUUGAUGCCGGCGAAGACGAUCAAUCUCUGCAGCCCAAUGACGAUUCAAAGGAGGAAUAUGUUCUCGCCUUGAUUGAAGAUGGAGAGAAUGGAGAGCAACGAACCCGACUGGAAAUCCAAAGGUGGGAUGACGAUCCUGCCGAAAUAGAACGACACAAGAAGUGGCUAGACAUACCGUCUUCACCCGGCGAGUUGCAGACUACUCGAUUCGGGUUAAAGCACACGCUCAGUCCCAGUCAACUUGAUAACAAUGAGAUUGGGAAGCUUCUGCAAAUGGUCCGUCUCAAGACACCAUUGCUAUCGCCUCAUGUCGCCACCGUGGACCCUCGAACCCAGGAGUCCAUUGAGCAGCAAAAGACAGAAAAGGAACUCUUUGAGUCGCAAGAGCUGACCGAGUCCGAGGGAUCUAAGAAAGGAGAUUCCGGGUCAGCAGAACGCGACUGGGAAAGUCAGCGCAACGCCGAAGAAGCGAAAUUCGUCCGCGGGCUUGGCAAGCUGCAGAGCAGUCUCGUCCUUUGGUCGGGUUCACAAAUCUGGCGGCUCCUUAAAAAUCCCUUGGUUAUUCAGCUAGAGAAUACUCUACAGAAGGCUCAGCAGGUAGAUGACAAGGGACGCAUCACGCUGCAGAGGGAUGCUGUCAUGGAGUUGAUGGUUUCAAUCCAAGACAUUGAGCCCAAAACCGAGGCUGAAUUCCUUGGUCUGGGAUACGUGAAACAGAAAGCCAGCUUAUUGCUAUAUGGAGAUCUGCUGUCCAUGCACGCGGAGCACCGUGCGGAUCCUACUAUCAGGAAUACCGAGAGGGCUCUCUUGUCUGGUAAUCUGGACCCUCGACUGGCCGUACUGUUCAUUCCACUGCUUCGAUGCGAGGUAUUACAGGGACCACAGGGUAUCUGGAUACAGUCUGGCUUGGCAGACACAACGGCAAAAUACCUUAAACAAGUUGAGCAGACAAGCAAUGCAGCCGAAGUGCACAGCUCUGUGCUGAACAUGGUGAAGCGGUUCCUCCUCUCGUGGCAACAAAAGAGAGGCUAUGGCAGUAUCACCGAUGAGACGUACGUCUUGGAUAGCACGGAUGCUGCACUUCUCCAUCUUCUUCUUGAGCAAGAUGCACAUCUGAGUACGCAGCAACGCGCUUCAUCCACGCGCAGUGAACUGAACAAGCUAGUCGAUAAUUGGAAGGGCAACUUUGAGCGAGCCGUUGCCCUUCUAGAGCAGUACAAGCGGCUUUAUAUUCUGAGCCGACUAUACCAGAGCCGAAAGAUGUCCCGAAAUGUGCUCAAGACAUGGCGGAGGAUUAUUGACGGAGAAUCCGAUGCCGGCGGGGAGGUUACUGGCGCCGGCGUUGAGGCGCAGAUGCGCAAGUAUUUGGUGAAGAUCAAAGAUUCCCAGUUGGUGGAAGAGUAUGGCUCCUGGCUUGCUGAACGGAACCCUGCUCUUGGUAUUCAAGUGUUUGCGGACAAUUCCAGUCGAGUGAGGCUUGAGCCUGCCGAUGUGGUAGCAUUACUCAAAGAGCGUGCUCCCAAUGCUGUCCAGGUAUAUCUGGAGCAUCUGGUCUUUGCCAAAAACUACACACAAUACGCCGACGACCUCAUUGCAUACUACCUUGAUGAGGUCCUUUCGGUGCUCGAAUCCUCUCCCGCCGCACGGGCUUCUCUCGCCGAGUCCUACUCGACCUAUCGCGCUCUACGACCUCCUAAACCCACCUAUCUCAAUUUCAUCACCGAGAACACACCCGCCGAGCCCUGGUGGCAGUCCCGCUUGCGCCUUCUGCAGCUCCUCAGCGGCACCUCGGGCACACAGUUUUCCUCUACCGCCCUUCCCUCUGGUAUCACCUACUCCAUCCCCAACGUGCUCGCCCGCAUCGAGCCGUACCAGGAUGACCUCGUCUCCGAGAGCAUCAUCCUUGAUGGCCUACAAGGCCACCACCGUGCAGCCCUCCGCCUUCUCACCCACGGACUAGGCGACUACGACUCCGCCAUCCGGUACUGUCUCUUCGGCGGACCGCGCAGUGCCACCUCUUCUGGCGGUACGCAGCCUGAGCUAGCCGCGCACGACCUGCAGGUCAAGCUAUUCCGGCACCUGCUAGACGAAUUCCUGCAGAUUCAGGACCUGACAGAGCGCAUCGAACGCACGAGCGACCUGCUUGCGCGGUUCGGAGCCUGGUUCGAUGUCCGCGAGGUUCUCGAGCUCGUGCCCGAGGACUGGAGUGUGGAUAUCCUGGGCGGCUUCUUGGUCCAGGUAUUCCGCACGCUCGUCUCGCAGUCGCGGGAAGCAAGGAUUGAGCGGGCGUUGAGUGCCGGGUUGAACCUGCGAGUUGGUGUCCAGUAUACCGAUAGUAUGGAGAAGGCAGGGCCCUGGGUGGAGGAUGGGGAGGGUUUGCGGCGGUGGAAAGGGAGCAGUAAGGCCGAGGCGGGUGUGCCUGGUGGCGAUGUGAUUACUGCUGGGGAGGAUAGUGAGUUUGGCGAUGUUGUGGGUCCUACUGCUUAG